UUCUAUCGAACGUUCCUAGAGAUUAUUUUUACACAUUUUGUCCCUAGAGAUGUGAUUAGAAACCUAAAAAUACCUUGUCAAUGGCUGUUCUCCUGAAGAAACAAGAAUAUGCACAGAAACCUCUGCGGAGAAUGUUGCCCAGACUUGCUGUCCACAAUAGUUGAGAUAGUGCGUAUAAAAUGGAGAAAGCGCCUUUGUUCGCCGGAAAUGCUAACAAAAAAAGCACUCUCCCUUUCUCUUCCCAUCUCUUUUUUUCAUUACUAUUCGAGUUCAGGGACACUAUUAGGUCUUCCCCAAGCAACCAUGAAUUUCAACAAGCUGAAGGACGUUGCCUCGGGCGCUUACAAGCAGUACAGCCAAGAAAAGUCCAAGAAUAACAAUACCCAGCACCAAGACUACAGCCAUGGAAGCAGCGGGUAUCCUCCCCAGGAUCCGUACGGCAACCAGGGCCAGCAUGGCGGCUACAGCCAGUCGUCGCAUGGUCAAGCUGGGCCAAACAGCUACCCGAGCCAUGACCCAUAUGGCCAGCCCCAGCAGAAUGCAUACGGACAGCCUCAGCAGAAUGCAUAUGGACAGCCUCAGCAUGGAGGGUAUGGUCAACCUCAGCAUGGAGGGUAUGGUCAACCCCAGCAUGGAGGGUAUGGUCAACCUCAGCAGAGUGGAUACGGACAACCCCAGCAGGGUGGAUAUGGCCAGCCCCAGAACUACAACAGCGAUCCCUAUGGAAACAGCGGCCCAUAUGGCCAUAACCAGCAGCAGCAGCAGCAGCAGCAGCAGCAGCAGCAUGGACCGUAUGGUGAUCAUAGCUCAUCAAACAACCAUGAGACUGCUCAAAAGUCGUCUGGUGUAAAGGUUGGUGGUGUUGAUGUCGCUGCUGCUGCCACCCUUGCAUCGGGUCUUCUGGGGAAGAAGAGCGGUAGCUCCCAUGGCUCAUCGUCUGGCGGCAAGAUUGGCGGUGUGGAUAUCGGCACUGCCACCAAGGUUGCAUCUGGCCUCUUGGGGAAGAAGAGUGACAACUCCCAUGGCUCGUCGUCUGGCGGCAAGAUUGGUGGUGUUGAUAUCGGCACUGCUGCCAAAGUUGCAUCGGGGUUUCUGGGGAAGAAGAGCGGUGACUCGCACGGGAGCUCAAACAAGUCUUCCAGUGGCAUUAACAUUGGCGCUGCAACCAGUCUGGCAUCAAGCUUCUUUGGAAAGAAGGACAAGUCUGGUGGCCACUAAAGUAUAGCAUUUUGCUCAUUAGUACCGUUUCUCCAAUAGUACGCUAAAAACUACUCCUGCGGACUGGUCUUGAUCCAGCCGCGAACAGCGUUCCACAGCUCAUCCUUGACUACCUCCUCCU